AUUCCAGAAUGUUAUUUCAAAAUGAUCUAAAACUUCGUCCAAUGAAAAGUGUCGCCACUGUUCUGUUCACAAGUGUGCAUGUACGCUAUGACACAAUAAUGGCCUAUGGAGGAGCAUGUUCGAACAUCCGGUAGUCGGGCAUGAUAAGAAGAGUACAUUUUGGUGUCCGUGCAAACGCCUAGAUACGAUUCAUUCCGUGCCGAAGACAUGCUAGUCAAGUAUAUGCAAUUAUUGUGAUUAUAAAUUGAUGAGUAUUCCGUAAACUUGCCAUUUCCACAAGGAAUACAAACAUCAAGACGUAUAUCUAUGACACAGGAUCGGGGUAAAGGUGACCUUGUUCUCAGCAAAAAGUUAUCAUAUUUCUUACGUCAUGGUGCUGUAAAGGAAGGUCUGACUAUCAAACCCAACGGUUUUGUCCCGAUAGAAGAAUUGUUAAAGAAGUCAUUGCCUAGUUACACCAUUGAUGAUAUCAAGAGAGUGGUGAAGAACAACAACAAACAAAGAUUUACCCUAAAUGAUGCUGAUGGCGUCUUAGAGAUAAAAGCAAAUCAAGGCCACUCCCUAAGCGACAUAACUGAGUUGAGUUUAAAAGUACUUGAAUCUGUUGAUUUUGAUAUAAUUCACGGGACUUAUUUUAAACACUGGACGAAGGUAAAGACUGAAGGUCUGUCUCGUAUGAGGAGAAAUCAUAUUCAUUUCGCUAAAGGAUUGAAUUCUAUCAGUGGCUUACGCAAAACCGCAGAAGUCUUCAUUUAUAUUAAUUUCGAUAAGGCCAAGAGAGAUGGUUUAAUAUUUUUUGAGUCGGAGAAUGACGUUGUUCUCUGUGCUGGAAAUUCACAAGGAUUUAUUGGAACGACGUAUUUUCUGAAAGCGAUCAAUAAAGAUGGUCAAGCUCUAAGCUUUGAUCGGGAAUAAUGGUUCUUGCUUUCCUUUCAUUUCU